GGCGCCGAGCCCGGCGGCUGCCGCUGCAGGCACAGCCCGGGGCCACCGCGCCGAGCCCGGGCGGGAGUGGCCCCGCGCAGGCAGGGAGCGGCGCCGCGCACUCCAGCCCGGCGGGCACCUCGGGGGCGGGCGCGGGGCGCAACCUUCUUGUCCCGGCCGCUCUGACAAGCGCCCAGGGGCCGGGCUGCCUGGCGCGGGGUGGGCGCGGACGCGGGCGCUGGGUUCGCGCGAGGCCCCGGGCGCCGCGAUGAACAUCGUGGUGGAGUUCUUCGUGGUCACUUUCAAAGUGCUCUGGGCGUUCGUGCUGGCUGCGGCGCGCUGGCUGGUGCGGCCCAAGGAGAAGAGCGUGGCGGGCCAGGUGUGCCUCAUCACGGGCGCCGGCAGCGGCCUGGGCCGCCUCUUCGCGCUCGAGUUCGCCCGGCGCCGGGCGCUGCUCGUGCUCUGGGACAUCAACACGCAGAGCAACGAGGAGACGGCGGGCAUGGUGCGCCACAUCUACCGCGACCUGGAGGCGGCCGACGCCGCCGCCCUGCAAGCUGGAAAUGGUGAGGAAGAAAUUCUGCCCCACUGUAACUUGCAGGUUUUUACCUACACCUGUGAUGUGGGGAAGAGGGAGAAUGUCUACCUGACGGCUGAAAGAGUCCGAAAGGAGGUUGGCGAGGUCUCAGUCCUGGUCAAUAAUGCUGGCGUGGUCUCUGGGCAUCACCUUCUGGAAUGUCCUGAUGAGCUCAUUGAGAGAACCAUGAUGGUCAAUUGCCAUGCACACUUCUGGACCACUAAGGCUUUUCUUCCUACGAUGCUGGAGAUUAAUCAUGGUCAUAUUGUGACAGUUGCAAGUUCCUUGGGAUUGUUCAGUACUGCUGGAGUUGAGGAUUACUGUGCCAGUAAAUUUGGAGUUGUGGGUUUUCAUGAAUCCCUGAGCCAUGAGCUAAAGGCUGCUGAAAAGGAUGGAAUUAAAACAACCUUGGUUUGCCCUUACCUUGUAGACACUGGCAUGUUCAGAGGCUGCCGAAUAAGGAAAGAAAUUGAGCCUUUUCUGCCACCCCUGAAGCCCGAUUACUGUGUGAAGCAGGCCAUGAAGGCCAUCCUCACUGACCAGCCCAUGAUCUGCACCCCCCGCCUCAUGUACAUCGUGACCUUCAUGAAAAGCAUCCUCCCUUUCGAAGCAGUUGUGUGCAUGUAUCGAUUCCUAGGAGCGGACAAGUGUAUGUAUCCCUUUAUUGCUCAAAGAAAACAAGCCACAAACAAUAAUGAAGCAAAAAAUGGAAUCUAAGAAUCUUUUUGUAUGGAAUAUCCUUUCUACCAGAAGACGAUCAAGAUGUUUCAGUCCAAUUCACAUCAGCAUUACUGACAUUCUAUGGAUUCUAACCCUUGUUGAUUUUUUUUUUUAAUCAACUUUUUAAAAAAAAAUAAAGUGUAAAUUAACUGACUACUUGGAAAAUGUGAUCAGUAAAAAUGAGCUUAGGUUGUUGCCAACAGGGUCCUUUUAGAUAGAACCCUAAAAACAGUCAAAUCUGUAGAUAAGCACUGUGUGACAUCUUCAGGCUACCAUUAUUUUUUUAAUGAGCAGAAAGUCUAGAAAUAAUAACGACAAUGUGUUUCAUGUAUGUGAUUUUUUUCAGAAUUCCCAUAGAGUUUAUUCAUUCUUGUCAUUAAAUUAGCCAGUUGACAUCCUUGCAUCUUCAAGGACUGAUAGUGCUAUAUUUUCUAAUGUUUUCUAAGUUUUAGUUUUGCAAAGCCUAUGUGGUUUUUUCAUGGUGUUGUAUGUUCAGCUCUUUUAAAAAGGAAUUUUGAAAUCUCCAUCAAUUUGAAGCAAAUGAUGUCUGAGUGUUACAGUAAAGAUGAUCAGGUCUCUUUCUUAAAGUCAUAAUGACGAAAGUAUUAGCUGAAUUUUUGAAUUUAUCUCUGAAAUACUUCAUGAAGUGUCUGGAGACCUACUUAUCCAAAAAGAUACCAUACAUUUUCUACCUAUGAAUUUUGCUGCAUACAGAAAGUGCCCUUUCCUCAGGAAGUUGCUAUGUUUCAUUUCCUUGGAUGGACUUUUAUCUAGAAUGCAUAGCAGCUCUGCAAAGAAGCAGUUUCUAAAAAUGGGAACUUCUACAUUAAAAAGUCCCCAUUUUUGUGCCAACUAUGAUUAGUGAGGGGGAAAAAUCUUAUUCUAUGGAGUAUGUAUGGAAGGGUGUAAAGAUUCUUUUGAAAGGUUUAUUCACAUUGUAGAACAGCAAAUGACAUUUUUACAGUAUUUUUUUGUAAAGCAAACUAUUUUGUGCCUUGAAUUUGGUAUAUGUGUAUUAGUGAAACAUUGUAAAAGUGAACUUCUACCUCUGUAUCUAAUGUAUACCAUCCACUUGUAAAUUCCUAUAAACUAUUAUGUGAUUGCUUUUUUUUAGACUGUCUUGUUUAAAUAGUGACCAAUGUUUAAGGCUAUUAAAAUAAGCCAACUUUUACUAAUUGGGAAGUUUUAUAAAGGACUGAUUAAAUUUUAAAAAUUAACUUACAUGCAGCUUGUGUGAUUAUUAGUUAUCAGCAAUGUUGUAAGGGAAAUCAUUGUGUUCUUUUUUUGUCAUACCCCACCUGAAAGAAAAUUGAAUGGGAUUGUGUUGGGGAACAGAUAUUAACAACCCAGGGUGCCAUUCAGUCAAAUAGCCAGUGUUACCAUCUACCCAGGUUAGAUACUUUAUUAAGGACUUGUUUACACUAAAAGUGGGAAAACAGCAUCCCAUUAUGUGUGUGUUUAUUUGACUGCACUGCAGAUGAAAUCUGCACUGUAUCCACGUACGGGAAAGGUUCUGGCUGGUUGCUGGUGUCUCCAACACAGCACAAGUCUAAUUAAGGAAGAGCUUCAUUGUAUGUUUGAAUUUCUCUUUACGAAAGAUAAUCAAACCUCAAGGCCAUUAUAACAAUGGAGGCACUGGCUGCCUCUUAAUUUUCAAUUAUGGACCUAAAUAAGUACUUUGAAGUGAUCUCAUAACACUGGGUUGGGAACAGAUAUUUUCAGAGGUUAGCCUGGUCUGCUUCCCAGCUAACCUGGAGCACACUCAAACAAUCCUAGAUAAAUCUGUUCUAUUUUAACGACCCAUUCAUCAACCUUAAACCUAAGAAAAAUCUUCUUUACAUUUAAUUUUAUUCUUGUAUGUUGUAACUUAAACCUAUUUCUGUUUUGUUUGUUAUUGCCCUUAUAAGAAUGUCCAUCUCUCCAAGUUCAAUAAAUCUAAUUCAUUUAA